AUGAAAGCAUUACAAAAUUUGCGCAAUGUACUGUUACCUACGCAAGGACAGUCACCCGGCAGCAACGCAACAGCUCAGGAUGCAAAACGGCCAAAAACAACACCGGAAAGCCCAGCACCGCUACUGCAACAAACAACAAACGGAGCACAAGCUGCUUCUCCGAAGGCUUCAACACCGUGUCAACGAUCACAAAUGAGAAAUCCAAUUGAAAAACCUGUCACAACGUAA